AGCCCAUUUACACCCAUGAGUAGUGCAUUGGGCUAUGUUUACUUAUAAGGUACCGUAUCUGUAUUAGUAUUCUGUAUAUCCCCUUCUAAUUAUUUGAGUGAAUGAAGACACCCGACACCGAUAGUUCUUAAAAUAGCAAGCGUCAUAAAAAUGGUCCCCUGUCUGCCUGUAUUGCGAAAUGAUGGGAGUAGUCUACCGGUAUUAGGUUGUAUUAAUCUUAAGAUAGGAUCCUUCAUUUCACUCCUAAUUUGCUUUGAGAGCAGAGGUCCCGGUAGGCUAAAACAUGAAAAGAAAUAUUGAAGAAGAUAUUCAUACAAGAACGAGCAUAGAUAAACAAUUUCAAAAAAUGGGGGAGUCAACAGAAGAGAAGUCGGAGAAGGAUUUGCAUUGGCGUAAAGUGGUUUCAGAACAUCUUAACUGCAUUAUGACUGUUCUUUAUUCCAAAAAUGAGGCAGACGCUAUUUUCAGAGAAAUUGAAGACACAGUUGAGUACAACACCGGAAUACUGGCUAAAGUACAGAUGUAUGGAAAGUGGAUAAACAUUCCGAGAAAACAAACGGCAUUUGGGGAUGAAGGGCUCACCUACACAUUUUCUGGCAACACGAUUCCAGCCAAACCAUGGCCACCUUAUUUGUUGAAAGUUAAAAACAGAGUGGAGCAUGCUCUAUCUGACAAAUGGAUAUUUAAUUUUGUCUUAAUCAAUUACUAUAAAGAUGGAAACGAUCAUAUUGGUGAGCAUAGAGAUAAUGAAAAAGACUUGGACAGAAUGGCACCGAUUGCAUCACUUUCUCUAGGCCAGACAAGAGAUUUUGUAUUUCGCCACAAAGAUGCUAGAGGUGGACAAAAACGUCGAAAAGACCUUAAAUCAGUCACAGUUCCAUUGACAAAUGGAUGCUUAUUUGUUAUGAAUCCUCCAACAAAUGACUUUUGGUAUCACUCCUUGCCAGUAAGAAAGAGAGCAUCUUUUCCUCGUAUUAACCUGACAUUUAGAGUUAUGAAACAGAAAACUGAACAAAAAAUCCCCAAGCACACAUUGUCUUUUUCUCAAGCGCGAGUUGACAAAACUAAUGGCCAAAAACUGUUUAAUUAUCCUUGACUGUCUCCUAUUUCUAUAGAUUUCACUCCCUCAUGGCUGUUUUCCUGAUCAAAUCGACCAGAAGUGCUUUUAGUCUUGUGUCAAUCCUCCUAUGAUUCACACACAAUUCUCCUAUAUGAUUCUUCAUACUUGCUCUUCUUAAGUGGUCAGCUGUAAUAUCACAUAGAUCAGUCUCCUCUGUGUCUGAGGUAGUGAGUGUUACCUUGCUUCGAUCAAGUGAUUACCGUAACAAGGCACUAUUCCCCAACACCUUCAGUUCAAAACACACUGAAGGAGCACUUGAGUUUAUUGUAUUCUGCAUCGAAUUGGCUAUGUUGCUUACAUCAAUACAAGUAGUAUAAAUGUUUUUUUUAGAAAGGAUGAAGUCUCAUAAAUACGAUAUGUAAUAAUAUCCAAGCUCGGCAUUACUGCAGAUUAUAAAAACUCAAGUUAAUUAACACUUAUUAAUAGGCAUGGAAAUGUAGAAAUGGUGAUCUCUUUUUUGUUUCAAAGCCCUCAAGCCAUCUGUAAUAUUCUAUUCAUGUAAUAUUAAGUUUCAUAUUCACUAUUAGAAUCUUCAAGUCUCUUUCAAACUUUAAUUAAGCUACAAAGAUUUCUUAGAACCCAAUACUUUCCAGCUCCAGUGGUUCAGGUAAUAUACAGAAUGUUCUGGUAUUAAUGUUUUUCUUAUUACUCUAUUACUUUUGUUUUUUAUUCUCCCAUUGACAAAUUAUCAACAACUAUUAAACUAUUUUUCCUCCAUGUUGUUACAG